UGACGGCCGGGGCGGUGGCGGCGGAUUUUCUUCCAUUUGUAUGUGAUGGUUGUUCGGGAAUAUUUUGGUGAAUGUAAUCAAGGAGAGACCGAAGACAGAUGAACACAAAUCUUACCCGUGCUCAUUCAAGGACUGUACUGAAGUAGAGCUCGUGGCAGUGAUAUGUCCUUAUUGUGAGAAGAACUUUUGCCUAAGACACCGUCAUCAGUCGGAUCAUGGCUGUGAAAAACUGGAGAUCCCAAAGCCUCGAAUGGCGGCCACACAGAAACUCGUCAAAGACAUUAUCGAGACCAAGGCAGAAGUGGCAGUGAGUAAAGGCCGGAAAGGCGCGAAAACCAGCGGGACAGCGGCAAAGGUGGCUCUGAUGAAGCUGAAGAUGCAUGCUGACGGGGAGAAGUCACUGCCACAGACAGAAAGAAUUUACUUUCAGGUCUACUUACCAAAGGGGAGCAAAGAGAAGAGCAGAGCCAUGUUCUUCUGCCAGCGAUGGAGCAUUGGGAAGGUCGUGGACUUCGCAGCUUCCCUAGCCAGUCUUCGAAAUGAAAACAACAAGUCGACAGCCAAGCAGAAGCUGAGGCUGUGUCACGUCCCUUCAGGAGAAGCCUUGCCCUUGGACCACACUUUGGAGACGUGGAUCACCAGGGAGGACAACCCUUUAUAUAAUGGUGGAAAUGUUAUUUUGGAAUACCUCAACGAUGAAGAACAGACUUUAAAAAAUGUUGACUCUUACUUGGAAUAGUCACUCAAGAAUUAGAGCCAGAAUUUACAAGUAGAAAUCAUUCUAUAUACAUAGUCGGUUUCUUUUACCACAGAUACUUUUAAAAACUCUAAAAGUUGCUUUUUUAUAAUUUAUUUCCACUAGGUCAUAAUUUACGUCAGUAGUUUUCUACUAAGUUCCAGGUUUUGUGUUUUGAAGUUUAACUAUGUACUGAGAGUUAUGGUAAAAUAUUAUUUUUAUUACUGUUUCUGGGUUAUGUGUAGAAAUGUCAGCAACCAUGUGUUUCCUGUUAGGCCCACGCCAGCUGCUGACUUCCUGCUGUGGCACGUUCUGUACCACCUUCACUCCAAGUUCCGGCUCAUACCAUACCCACCGUUCUGUGGUUUUGCCAUUCUUGUGGCCGAGGAAGAUGCAGAUGGCAGAUGCUUCAGUCCCUGUUGAUUUUGUUUUAAGCAAGUUCUGUGAUUAAGCCUCAUUGAUUACAGGGCCAGAAUGGAUGGUCUACUGUAGACCUAAAUGAUGGUGUAUGAAUUGAUAUAUGCACAUGAACUGCAGAAUCUUAGACAUCCUCUCGUUCUGUCUUCCAAGUGUUUGGAUAAGAAUCCUCAAACCUAAGAAGGGAAAGUUAUUUUCUUAGUAUCAUGUAAUUGCCCCGAAUAUAUUUCUGGUAAAGAAUUUUCUCCAAUGGAUUCACCUUUUGUUGGUAUGAAUGUAUUACAGAUGAGAAGAGCGAUGAGCAUACUGACUUUGUUACAGUCUCCUUCAUUGUACCAAAGCAAAAUAUCCACCAAAAUGAUUGCAUUUACCUGUACAUUGAAAGAAGUUCUCUGGGCAGGCUUUUUGUCUACAUCUGAGGAGAAGAAAUGUUUUCUGUCUGUAGGGGAUGCAGGACUACACUAGAGAAGGAAAUCAAGUAUUUUUAAUUGCCCCCCCCUUCUGUGCCAAUUUUCAUGACUUCAGGUUUAAUUAAAGGAAUAAACUCAGCAUGUUCA